AUGUUCAAGUCUCUCCUCCUCGCCUCGCUGGCCUGCCUGGCCGCCGCCGUAGCCUCGCAGCGCUACGAGCACUUCGACUGCGGCACAGGGGCCGACGCGGCAACCAAAGACUUCAUCAAGACAAUCGGCACCCUGAACACCAACCAUGCCGCCGGCUCACCGGGCGCCCGCAAGCGCGCCGCAAUGCUUGCAGCACGCCAGAGCGAAAUCACGGUACCGACAAUCAUCCACAUCGUGGCGACCGAAGAAAAGAAAGGGCAGAUCAGCGAGGACAUGGCGCAAGCGCAGCUCGACGCGCUGAACUCGGCCUACAACCCGCAGAACAUCAAGUUCGCGCUGCAGAACACGACGUGGACGGUCAACGACGCGUGGGCGGUCGGCGCGGGGGACGACGACGCUGCCAUGAAGAAGGCGCUCCGCCAGGGCACCUACGAGACGCUGAACCUGUACUUCCAGACGGACCUGGAGGGCAAUAUUCUGGGCAAAUGCACGCUCCCGUCCUCGAUCGGCGGCGGCAUCGUCGACCCCGACGUCUACGUCGCAGACGGCUGCAACAUCCAAGCGAACACCAUGCCCGGCGGCUCCGUGACGGGCUACGACAUGGGCCGCACGGCGGUGCACGAGACGGGGCACUGGAUGGGCCUGCUGCACACCUUUGAGGGCUAUGCGUGCAACGGCGAGGGCGACUUUAUUACGGACACGCCCGCCCAGAGCGAGAGCACGGACGGGUGUCCCGAGGUUAAGAACAGCUGCCCGGAUAUGGAGGGCACGGAUGCGAUUCAUAAUUUUAUGGAUUAUAGCACUGAUGCUUGUUAUGAGGGGUUUAGUAAGGGCCAGCAGGAGAGAAUGAUGACUAUGUGGACGAUGUAUCGGGCGGGGAGGUAG